UCGUAGAAGUCGCUGCGCUGUGGUAAUUCCGAGAAAACAUCUAUAUGCCUUUUAAAAAUUGAAUUUUAACAUUAAUUUACUGUAACGGUAUAUCAAGAAAUUAAUUCUUGAAAAUGUCCGGUGAGCAAGAGGAACUAAUUUACACUUCUGAGAAGAACGGAAGCGACGAGACCGGCGAUGGAACUGAAGCUAAGCCGUUCAAGACCAUAUUGAGGGCGAUCCUGAACUCUGGAGAUAAGCCUACCCGUAUGAUUUUCGUGGACGGCAUCGGAGAUGUUACGUACAAGCCAGCCACUCAAAUGCAGCUGAAGAAUUUCUCCAAGUCUUUUACCAAAGAUCAAAGCAAUAGCAAGGAGGUGCAGGACAGUGAUAAGGAGGGACAGGACAUAAAACGAUCGAAACUUGAGGAUGAGACGGAACCGAAGAAGAAAGUUGAGGAUGAGGAGACCAGGAGGAAGAGGCUUGAGGAUGGCAAGAAGAUUAUUCUCACAUUGGAUGAAACUCUGCCCAAAGCGGAAACAAUUAAAAUUUAUCAAGCAAUAAAUUACAGAGGAUGCAGACUGAAAAUCUAUGGAUGGGUGCAUAGGCUUCGUCGUCAAGGUAAAAAUUUAAUGUUCAUCACGCUGAGGGAUGGCACAGGUUUCCUUGAAUGUGUCCUCAACGAUGUUCUCUGCCAGACCUACAAUGCUAUCCUCCUAUCCAACGAAGCGUCUGUGAUGCUUAUCGGUUUCAUCACGGAAAUUCCGAAAGGCAAAAACGCACCUGGUGGUCACGAAAUGCACGUGGAUUAUUGGGAACUGGUGGCAUUCGGCCCACCGGGAGGCGCUGAUCAUAUACAGAAGGCUGAGCCAGACAUUCAAGCUGAUAACAGGCACAUAAUGAUCCGCAGUGAAAGAAAUUCCAAAAUCCUCAAAAUGAGAUCGGUUUUAGUACAAGCUAUCAGAGAACAUUACUUUGCACGAGAAUACUGUGAAGUCACGCCACCAACGAUAUUGAAAACUCAAGGGGAAGAUAUCUCUACGCUAUUCAAAGUGGACUUCUUCGGCGAGACGGCGCAUCUGACGCAAAGUUCGCAGCUGUAUUUGGAAACAUGCCUUUCAUCCCUGGGAGAUGUCUUCUGCUUUGGUCAGUGCUUCAUAGCAGAGAAGAUCAUGACAUGUAGUCAUUUAGCGGAAAAUACGUUGCUCGAAGUGGAAUGUCCGUUCAUAGAGCUGGAAGGGCUGAUGGUCCGUCUCGAGGAUCUGAUCUGCGACGUAGUGGAUCGCAUUUUGAAGUCGCCCUACGGCCUAAUCAUCUACGAGCUGAACCCGGACAUUGAAAUUCCGGAAAAACCAUUCAUGCGCAUGAACUACUCGGACGCGAUCAAAUAUUUGAACGACAAUAACAUCAGCAGGAAGGAUGGUCGUUAUUUCGAGUUCGGCGAUGACAUCCCGGAGAUGACCAAGCGUUUGAUGGCCGAUAUGAUAAAUAAGCCCAUUCUGCUGUGCAGAUUCCCUUCAGCAAUCAAACCUUUCUACAUGUCCAAAUAUAAAGAGAAUGAGGAGCUGACGGAAAGUAUAGAUCUUCUGUUGCCGGAUGGUGGGGAAAUCGCCGGUGGGUCGAUGAGGAUUUGGCAUCUGGAUGAAUUAUUGAAAGGUUACGAAAUGGUAGGAAUCGACCCAGAACUUUAUUUCUGGUACAACGAUCAACGUAAAUACGGUUCUUGUCCGCACGGAGGAUACGGACUUCGAUUGGAGCGAUUAAUGUGCUGGUUAUUAAAUUGCAAACAUAUUAGCGAAGCCUGCUUGUAUCCGCGCUAUUUUAACAACUGCAAAUUCUAAGUUAUUUGAUGAACGAAACACAUUGUAUAAACUAUAUUUAUUAAGAAAAUUUCUUCUGCAUUCAUAAUUAUGAUUUUUUAUA